UCCGACGCCGAGACGCGCGCGCGAUGCUGCGACGAUGCGCGAAACGCGUCCUCACGUCGUCCGCGACGCUCGUCCGCGACGCGCGAUCGACGCACGCGCUGGAACCGACGCGAAUGAUGUUUUCGAGCGUCGCGAUCGGGACGCCUCGUAAACUCGUCACCCCUCGGAAACCGCUCGCGAGGACGCUCGCGCGCGCGUUCGCGACGUCGGGCGAAGAGCAAGACGUCGUCAUCGUCGGCGGUGGGCCGGGAGGGUACGUCGCCGCGAUCAAGGCGGCGCAACUCGGGUUGAAGGUGACGUGCGUCGAGGGACGAGGGACCCUGGGCGGGACGUGCCUGAACGUCGGGUGCAUCCCGAGCAAAGCGCUGCUGAACGCGAGCCACAAGUACGAGGAAGCGAAACAUGGGAUGGCGAAACACGGAAUCACGUUCGGCGGUGAGGUCGCGAUCGACGUGGAGACGAUGAUGGGACACAAGAGUAAAGCGGUGACGGGGUUGACCAAAGGCAUCGAGGGACUGUUCAAGAAGAAUAAGGUGACGUACGCGAAAGGGUGGGGGAAGCUCUUGAGCGCGAACGAAGUGAACGUGACGAUGGAGGACGGAAGCUCGGAGGUGAUUAAGACGAAGAAUGUGGUGCUGGCGACUGGGUCGGUGCCGAGCGCGUUGCCGGGGGUGGAUGCGGAUGAGGAAACCAUCGUCACGAGCACGGGGGCGCUGGAAUUGAAAAAGGUUCCGGAAACCAUGGUUGUUAUCGGAGGCGGGGUCAUCGGACUCGAACUUGGCAGCGUGUGGAGCCGAUUGGGGGCGAAAGUCACCGUGGUGGAAUUUGCGGAUAAAAUUUGCGGCGCAGGGAUCGACGACGAGAUUCGCACGACGUUUCAGCGCUCGCUCAAGAAGCAAGGAUUCAACUUUAAGUUAUCCACUAAAGUCACCAAGGCGGUCAAGAAACCGGAAGGUGGAGUCACUUUGACCCUCGAACCGUCCGCGGGCGGUGAGCAAACCGAACUCGAGGCUGAUAUCGUGCUCGUGUCCACCGGGCGCCGUCCGUUCACCGACGGUCUCGGAUUGGAAGACGUCGGCGUGGAGACGAACAGGAUGGGUCAAAUUGUCAUUGAACCGCACACUUUCAAGACCAACGUCCCGGGCGUGUUCGCGAUCGGUGACAUCGUCGCGGGUCCGAUGCUGGCGCACAAGGCUGAAGAAGAAGGCGUCUCCGUCGUCGAGCAAAUCGCCGGUAAAAAGGGACACGUCAACUACGACACGAUCCCCUCCGUCAUUUACACCCACCCCGAAGUCGCUUGGGUCGGGAAGACUGAGGCGGAAGUCAAAGAAAUGGGCAUCGAAUACAUCGUCGGUAAGUUUCCGCUCGCCGCCAACUCUCGCGCGCGGGCCAACGACGAUUCUGAAGGCGUGGUGAAAUUCCUCACCGACAAGGCCACCGGGAAGAUUCUCGGCGCGCACAUCGUUUCCGGCGGUGCCGGUGAACUUCUCGCCGAGUGCGUGCUCGCCAUGGAGUACGGCGCUACGGCUGAAGACAUCGCGCGCACGUGCCACUCGCACCCGACGGUUUCUGAGGCUGUCAAGGAAGCCGCGAUGGCCGCGACGCCGGGAAUGGGUUCCAUUCACUUUUAAACUCGCAGCGCUGCUUCAUGUACAGUUUUAAGAACAAACAAAUCUACUGACUAC